AUGUUAUAUUAUCUUCUUCCCGCCCCCUUUAAAUCCUCCAGCUUAACCUGUCCAGAGGGAUUUUCGCCGGCCGAAACAGACAUUUUUUCGGAACUGGAGGCAACCCUGAGUCGUCCGAAGACCUGCUAUCGUAUUUUUGUCGCCGGACGGAGGGCUCAUGUGUACAACUGGGAAGCUGCUGAAAAACACUGCAGCAGCUUGGUGGAGUCUACAAACAGGUCAUGGACAGGUCAUCUGGCUAGCCUGCCUGAGCGCGUGACCGCACAGAUGGUGCUGCGCACAAUGCGGCCAUGGGGCGUUGGCGUCAGCCCC